UAGCUUUGAAGUAGCCACGGUGCUAAUGCUAACAUCCCGUUCAACCCGCCCGCCGUUUUCAGUGCCACUCGACUGCGGCCGAACAAUGAGGCUUCAACAAUCUUUCGGCUACGCGUGGAACUCGACACGCUCUGAAUCCCGAUAUCAUGAGGGUGGAAAAUGCGAUUAAAUUCAGAGGCUUUGUAUGGUUCGCGUCAGAUCGUCCAGGAUUCGUUCUAGGAACGACCAUGUUAGUUGCGCUUACCUUGUUGGUGUAUGCUGCAGGUCCCCAAGCAAGUCUCAGUUUAGGUCCAGGUGGACACUUUCCACGCUUCAGAGAUGUGUUCCUGUACGCUCUCAAUCAUGACGAUUUGCCUUCUCUGCUGGUCGACAUCAUCCUGCUGCUGUUGUUUGGACCAUGUCAGGAGCGACGCUGGGGCACAGUCGCCUAUGUGACCCUCUCCGCCCUGACGAUGGCUGUAUUGCCUCUGAUCUACACGUUGGUCAUCUUUAUCUUCAGCCUCGAGGCCAGUCGGGUCUGCGGCUACGCCGCCGUUCAUCUGGCACUGUUUACGGCCCAAUGCCGUCACUUGACAAAGCGACGGCUGCAAGGCUGUUUGCCAGUUUGGACUCUGCCCUGGUUGCUGUUGCUGCUUUGUCUGAUCGCGCUGCCCGGGACACCGGCCCUGCUUAAUUUCUGUGCUAUAUGCAUAGGUCAUAACUAUAGUCACGAUUUCAUUGGGAUGCUUCAGGACCUGGAGGAAGCCAAUGUCCUGACCUUCAUUCCCACUUCAGUGUAUAUUCCCACUUCAUCUAGACAAAGAUUGCCAACCUACAGCUCCUCUCAGGCAUCUAGAUCAGCGCCACCUCCCACGAGGGACCCUUUGACUUCGCACCACCACCCGUGGGAGGAGCCCCCGUCUGCCUGGAGGCAAGAGUCUGAAGCCGAGGUGUUGGAAGAACAGAUGCUGAGGGCCGGAAUACUCGCGUCCUUGCAGGAUGCCCCAGAGGACCUGAAUGGAAAAGUCGAAGUGCCCAAAUCGUCCGUUUCUGGACUGAGACUCCAGCAGCUGGAGAAGAUGGGCUUCCCUACGGAAAAAGCCGUCGUGGCGCUCGCAGCCUCAAAAGCGCUAGAUGGCGCCAUCUCCUUGCUCAUCGAUGACCGUGUUGGAGAGCAGGCUGUGGUUACAACCAAGGGGAAGAAGACCACGCCAUCCGAAGGGCCCGAGGGCCCGCAGAGCUGUGGGUGAGGAUGUCUCGUCGUUACCUGGCCAGAUGAUAGCCUCCAGCAGCGUCACCCUACGAGCCAGAAGCUCGAGAUCAGCCUGCAAGUCGCGGAACAUCUGCAAGCUAAAGUCCUAUCAGAG